CUUCCUCCGGAGAUUGGCUUUUUAACCGAGAUCGUCGACUUCUACGUGCAAGGGAACAAGAUCGAGAGACUGCCGGCCGAGAUCGCGCGGUGCCAGAAAAUCGUCGACUUCUACGUCUACGAUAACCCGCCUCUCUCCGCGAUCCCGGAGGAGUUCGGGCACCUCCCGCAGGUGAAGACGUUCACGAUAAAAAACUGCAAGGUGAGCGAGGAGACGUUCCCGAAAUCGCUGACUUCCGUCGCGACGCUCACCACGCUGGACCUCGAAGUGAACAAGUUCACCGUCGUCCCCGAGAGCAUCUUCGGCCUCGAAAACCUGGACCGGCUGCGUCUCGCCGCGAAUAAGCUCACGUCGAUCUCUCCGAAUAUCUCGCGACUCGAUUGCCUUCGAGAGUUGUUUCUCGGAAACAACAAGCUCACGAGCUUACCCGCGGAGCUCGGUAAGAUCGACACGCUGAAAAAGCUUGAGAUCCAGGAUAACAAGAUAAAAACGCUGCCGGACGAGUUCGUCGGACUGUCGUCGCUCGAGCACUUGAAGUACGACUCCAACGGAUUGACGAAGAUACCGGACGUCGUGUUCAAACUCGACACGCUGCGGAUCCUCGAGCUGAACAACAACAAGCUCACGGAGCUCCCGGCCGAGCUCGGCGACCUCGCCGAGCUUCGCGAUCUCAGAGUGCAGACCAACAAACUCAAAACGCUCCCCGCGGCUAUCGGGAACCUGACCGAGCUGCGCGUUCUGAAGUUGGACAGUAACAAACUCACCGAACUCCCCGACGAGCUCGGAGGGUGCCUUAAACGUCUGUCGCAUCUGUGUAUGUACGACUGUCCGAUCGCGACGUUACCGGAGACGCUCGGUCAGUGCGAGUCGCUGUACGACUUCAUCUUCUGCGGCACGAAGCUGACGAUGCUGCCGGCUUCGCUCGUGAACUGCAAG